GAUAGGUAACCUAUUUCUUAACCUCGCCGUUUUGACAUCUUUUCAACAUUCAGAGAUGCUCACCAGUAAUAAAUAACAGCAUUUGUCUGUUAUUUGUAUUUUAGAUAAAGUUUUUGAAAUAUUAUUCUGUGCAGUGCAAAAUGGGAAAAGUAAAACUUCCCAGACGACCACCACUCGAAGAGGAUAUUCAACCACCUUUGCCUAAAACUAAAGAGAAAUCAAAGCUCAAGUUUGCUAUGAAACAGGAGGAAGAUGAGAAGUUCGUCAAUUCUAAUUUGUCGCGUAAAAUUCUAUCUGAAGCUCGCAAACAACGAAGAGAACUUGAAGGAAAUGAUGAUGGCAAUAAAGAAAUACAGAUACAAUUCGAGGAAGAUUCGGACUCUGAUACGGAGACAGUUGAUCAAAAUGAAUCUAGCACUUACUAUGAUAAUAUAGAAAUCGAUGAGGAAGACGAAAAGGUAAUGGAAAUGUUCAUGAAAGAGAACCCACAACGUUGCAGAACUUUGGGCGAUAUAAUUAUGGAAAAAUUUACAGAAAAAGCCACCGAAGUGAACUGUAGUGAAUCUGGGUUGGUACAGAUGCAAGACCUUGACCCUAGAGUUAGGGAACUUUAUGAGGGUGUUCGAGAUGUUCUUAAAAACUAUAGGAGCGGAAAGUUGCCAAAGGCCUUCAAAAUCGUACCUAACCUCCUAAACUGGGAACAGAUUUUGUAUAUUACUGAUCCACCGAGUUGGUCAGCUGCAGCAAUGUACCAAGCAACACGUAUUUUCACUUCGAAUCUGAAGGAGAAAAUGGCCCAGAGGUUUUUCAAUUUGGUGUUGCUUCCAAGAAUAAGAGAUGACUUGGCAGAAUAUAAGAGACUCAACUGUCACCUGUACAUGGCUUUGAGGAAAGCUUUAUUCAAACCAGGAGGAUUCAUGAAAGGCAUUAUCCUUCCACUACUGGAGAGUGGAAAUUGUUCCUUGAGGGAGGCCAUCAUCAUUGGGUCCGUUGUUGCCAAGAACUCUAUUCCUAUAUUACAUUCGUCUGCGGCUAUGCUGAGAAUCGCCGAAAUGGAUUACACUGGGGCAAACUCAAUAUUCCUGAGAAUAUUCUUUGAGAAAAAAUAUGCCCUUCCUUACAGGGUUGUAGACGCAUGUGUGUUUCACUUCCUAAGAUUCGAACGUGAUCCUCGAGAGCUUCCAGUGCUGUGGCAUCAAGCUCUCUUAAUGUUCGUUCAAAGAUACAAGGCGGACAUUUCUAGCGAACAGAGGGAUAGCUUAUUGAAUCUUCUUAAACACAAGAGUCAUCAUUCAAUAACGCCGGAAGUGAGGAGAGAACUGCAGAAUGCUAAGUGUAGGGAUAUGGAAGAUUCUUCAUUUGCCAUGGAUUCAACUGAAUGAACCCUAGUGCAGCAAUAUUUGAUUGUUGAUGUUUAAUAAAUAUAAAAAUCUGAAUAUAAAGUAACAACCUGUCACUU